AAUUUUUUUUAUUUAUUGAAAUUUUCCAUUAUACCUUUUUUAACCUUUUGAUUAGUUCAGCAAUACAUAUAAUUAAAAAUGGGUAAAUCUCGUGGUUAUAGAUCAGGUACUCGUUACGCUUUCCAACGUGACUUCAAGAAACAUGGUACUAUUGCCUUAUCUACCUUCUUAAAAAUCUAUAAAGUUGGAGAUAUUGUUGAUAUUAAAGCCAAUGGUGCUGUCCAAAAGGGUAUGCCUCACAAAUACUACCACGGUAAAACCGGUAUUGUUUAUAACGUUACCAAAUCUGCUGUUGGUGUUAUUGUUAACAAGGUUGUUGGUAACAGAUACAUUGAAAAAAGAGUUAACUUAAGAGUUGAACAUGUUAAACAUUCUAAAUGUCGUCAAGAAUUCUUAAACAGAGUUAAAGAAAAUGCUGCUUUAAAGAAAGCUGCUAAAGAAAAUGGUGAACAAGUUUCUUUAAAGAGACAACCUGCUAAACCAAGAGGUUCAAGAAUUAUCACUACUGAAGGUAAUGUUCCUCAAACUUUAGCUCCAGUUCCUUAUGAAACUUUCAUUUAAGUACUUUUCUCAAAUGAAGUAUUUAAAUCAUUUCGUUUUAUAUAUGGUUAUUGGUGUCUUCCCCCCAUAUACAUAUAAAUAAAAAUAUAUAUUUAAAAAAACAUAAUUUUUCAUCUUUUAC